AUGGACAACCGUUGUUACUGUUGUGCAUCAAAGUUUAGUCUUUUUAAGAAAGAGCUGGGCUGUAAGAGCUGUGGACGUUCCUUCUGCUCGAGCUGUUUGACUUUCAGUGCUGUGGUGCCUCGAUAUGGCAACACCCAGCAGAAAGUCUGCAAGCAAUGUCAUGGUAAUCUAACAAGGGGAGAAUCUCCAAACAGUGCUGGAAGAUUGUCCCCUCCUGAAAAUUACAAAAAACGGGUUGCUGCACAAGAGGCCAAACAGCAAGGACAGUCAACCCAGCCUCUUGUACAAGGAGGAAACAGAAACAGUAAAACAAGCCAUCUUCCCACUAAGAGCCUGAGUAAAGAAGACCAAGCUAUAGCUGAGAGACUUCAAAAGCUAAAGGAAGACAAUAAACCCAAGACUAUCCCUUCUGAGAAGGAGAUCGAGUCACGCCUUGCUGCCCUGAAAGCUCCCAGCCAGCCAGUGCCUUCUGCAGAUGAGAUGGAGCAUCGUCUGGCAGCUCUUCGGGAUCUGCCACCGCCAUCUCAAGCACCUCCUCCUGUGCACCAGCCUCUUGAUAGACGGACUCAGACUGAACAAGCCAAUGAUUUGUUAAAGCAGAUGACGGAGGAAGUUGCCAUUGACAACCAACAAUCAAGACCAGAAAGCAAUAUAGAUCUGAAUGAUCUUAACAAAGGGGAGGGGGCUGAAUUAGAUGAGGACUUGGAGGACAACCAGGGAGCAGUUAAACAGCUGGAGGCAGAGAAAGACCAUCUGCUUGAAGAAGCCAUGAAGGAGCUGAGGAAUGAGCACCAUACCCAGGAUGAGAUCCUCGACAUGGCUAAGAGGCUGGCGCAGUUAAAGGGGCAGGACCCAAAUAAAGUAAGAGCCGAAGAUUUCCAACAACCUGAUAGUGAGGAGGAAACUGAGGAAGAAGCUAUGAGAAGAGUUCUGAAACAGCUUUCAGAAGAAACUGCACUCGAUGAAGCCAGUGGAUACAACAUACCUGUAGAACAGAGUGGUCCGAAGAACACAGAGAAAAAACAGAGCUCCAAAAAAACUACUGCAGCUCCUGGGCCAAAGAGCAAGACGCCUUCGGCUGCUGUUGCCCAUCAGCCGUCAGACAGUGAUGACGAAGAGCUUCCGUGGUGCUGCAUCUGUAACCGUAACGCCACCCUCCGCUGUCACACCUGUGAUGGAGACCUGUACUGCAACCGCUGCUUCAGGGAAGGCCAUGAUAAAUAUGACAGGAUGGAGCAUCGCACCGCUAACUAUACCGCUCCCAAAAAGAAGAGGAAGACGUGAUCAUAGAGCUGUUUCCCUUAGCAAACUGUAACCCGUCAAG